GUUGUAUACAUGGUCCCUGAUCACGUGACCUGGCACCCAUGAACGGUUGCAGUUGUUAUGAAUGGUUGGUCCCGUAUAAAAACACUGACAAAUCAACAUUCCCGUCAUUUGCAACACAGUCCCACGGGCAGUCCAGGGGCUAGAUUUUCAGGGCGCUGGACCCGAUACUGGAAAGAGGACCCGUACGCGUUGUUUGUUGAGCUCAAGUUCUGUUCUCAGUCCUGAGAUUUCAGAGAGACGACAAAAUGCGGGACUUCACAAUCCAAGUAGUCCUGCUUAUGGCCGCUCUGACUGGUACAAACCAAGCUGUACCCGGAGGAUGCCCGCCCGGCAUGCGGCAUGUAGGGUUCGGGAUCUGCGUGCAGCAGUGUAACGGGAACGCCGUGUGCCUGGGCCCGGGCGCCAUAGCCGACAGCCCCAUGGCCGACAGCCCCGCCGUCCACAGGCCCGAACCGAGUCCAUGUCCGCCGGGUGUCAGCCAUGUGUCCUGCAUGGCAGACCCGUGUGAGGUGGCCCGCUGCCCCGCCCAUCCAGACGCACAGUGUAGGGCAAACUACUGUGGAGGCUGUAACGCCGAGUUUUACGACAACCACGGCAGCAGAGUAGACUGCGACGAAGUCCCUUCUCAGUGCCCAUCUGGAGUCGAAGUGUUCCACUGUUUCGCUAACCCAUGUGACGUCACCAGUUGCCCCGCCCACCCCGAGGCUACGUGUCAGGCUAACUACUGCGGCGGCUGUAACGCCGACUUUGUGGACGAGGAUGGGAACCAAGUUGACUGUAACGAAACUGAUCCCAUGUGCCCACCUGGAGUUCCCGUGUUCCACUGCUUCGCUAACCCAUGUGACGUCACCAGUUGUCCCGCCCACCCUGAGGCCACGUGUCAGGCCAACUUCUGCGGCGGCUGUAACGCCGAGUUCUUCGAUGAAGACGGCAACGAAGUUGCCUGUGACGAAACUGCUCCAGCAGUGUGUACUGAGAACACAGAGCCCAUGCCGGGUGAGUUUGUGAAACAGUGUGAGGAGGACGGCAGCUUCAGUACCAAACAGUGUCACGGCUCCACCGGCUUCUGCUACUGCGCACAUCCACAGGACGGAACCAUCUACCGCGAGACCGGCAGGAGGGGGGAGAUGGAACACGACUGUCAGACCUACUGGCAGACAAAAGUGUGCGGCGAAAACAGUCACUUCGACACCUGUGGCCACGGAGAGUGCCAGCCCACAUGUGAGAACCCCGCACCCAUCUGUACACAAGUGUGUAUCGCAGGCUGUCAGUGUGACGAUGGCUUUGCACUGCAUGACGGGAGGUGCAUUCCCAUGAGCCAGUGCGAGGGCGGCGAAGAUGAAUUUGAGAGACCAGGCACAUGCCCCGCCCCCCUUAGCGAGGUCGAGUGCCAACUGCCGAGACCGUACAGAAUUUGCACGGCGGACGGGGACUGUUACAGAGGAGAGAAGUGCUGUGAUAACGGGUGCGGAGGGGCGCUGGAAUGCAAACGUCCGAUGCGAGGCCCUAUGAGACCUAAACCUGGCACCUGCCCUGCACCAGAACGAGACACAGCCUGUAGGAGGGGGGACCGGAGCGAGUGUGAUGGAGACUCCGACUGUCCUCGGCGACAGAAGUGCUGCUCGGACGGGUGUGUCAGGAUUUGCCAAAAUCCAGCACCGACAAGAGAUCUUGAGACGAAAUGCCAAGAACAGCUCCAAAACACAGAGCUGAUGCCGGGUGAGUUUGUGAAACAGUGUGAGGAGGACGGCAGCUUCAGUACCAAACAGUGUCACGGCUCCACCGGCUUCUGCUACUGCGCACAUCCACAGGACGGAACCAUCUACCGUGAGACCGGCAGGAGGGGAGAGAUGGAACACGACUGUGAGGCCUACUGGCAAACAAAAGCUCCAGCAGUGUGUACUGAGAACACAGAGCCCAUGCCGGGUGAGUUUGUGAAACAGUGUGAGGAGGACGGAAGCUUCAGUACCAAACAGUGUCACGGCUCCACCGGCUUCUGCUACUGCGCACAUCCACAGGACGGAACCAUUUACCGCGAGACCGGCAGGAGGGGGGAGAUGGAACACGACUGUCAGACCUACUGGCAGACAAAAGCUCCAGCAGUGUGUACUGAGAACACAGAGCCCAUGCCGGGUGAGUUUGUGAAACAGUGUGAGGAGGACGGCAGCUUCAGUACCAAACAGUGUCACGGCUCCACCGGCUUCUGCUACUGCGCACAUCCACAGGACGGAACCAUCUACCGUGAGACCGGCCGGAGGGGGGAGAUGGAACACGACUGUCAGAACUACUGGCAGACAAAAGCUCCAGCAGUGUGUACUGAGAACACAGAGCCCAUGCCGGGUGAGUUUGUGAAACAGUGUGAGGAGGACGGCAGCUUCAGUACCAAACAGUGUCACGGCUCCACCGGCUUCUGCUACUGCGCACAUCCACAGGACGGAACCAUCUACCGUGAGACCGGCAGGAGGGGAGAGAUGGAACACGACUGUCAGAACUACUGGCAGACAAAAGCUCCUGCAGUGUGUGCUGAGAACACAGAGCCCAUGCCGGGUGAGUUUGUGAAACAGUGUGAGGAGGACGGCAGCUUCAGUACCAAACAGUGUCACGGCUUCACCGGCUUCUGCUACUGCGCACAUCCACAGGACGGAACCAUCUACCGUGAGACCGGCAGGAGGGGGGAGAUGGAACACGACUGUGAGGCCUACUGGCAAACAAAAGUGUGCGGCGAAAACAGUCACUUCGACACCUGUGGUCACGGAGAGUGCCAGCCCACAUGUGAGAACCCCGCACCCAUCUGUACACAAGUGUGCAUCGCAGGCUGUCAGUGUGACGAUGGGUUUGCACUGCAUGACGGGAGGUGCAUUCCCAUGAGCCAGUGCGAAGGCGGCCAACAUGAUUUUGAGAGACCAGGCACAUGCCCCGCCCCCCUUAGCGAGGCCGAGUGCCAACUGCCGAGACCGUUCAGAAUUUGCACGGCGGACGGGGACUGUUACAGAGGAGAGAAGUGCUGUGAUAACGGGUGUGGAGGGGCGCUGGAAUGCAAACGUCCGAUGCGAGGACCUAUGAGACCCAAACCUGGCACCUGCCCUGCACCAGAACGAGACACAGCCUGUAGGAGGGGGGGCCGGAGCGAGUGUGAUGGAGACUCCGACUGCCCUCGACGACAGAAGUGCUGCUCGGACGGGUGUGUUAGGAUUUGCCAGAACCCCGCACCGACAAGUGUGUGCAGCGAAAACAGUCAUUUCGACACCUGUGGCCACGGAGAGUGCCAGCCCACAUGUGAGAACCCCGCACCCAUCUGUACGCAAGUGUGUAUCGCAGGCUGUCAGUGUGACGAUGGGUUUGCACUGCAUGACGGGAGGUGCAUUCCCAUGAGCCAGUGCGAGGGCGGCGAAGAUGAUUUUGCGUUCCCUGAGAGACCAGGCACAUGUCCCGCCCCCAGCCUGAGCGAUGCCGACUGUUCGGGACUGAGGCUGCACAGGGUCUGCUCAAUGGAUGCAGAAUGCCAAAUAGGAGAGAAGUGUUGUGACAUCGGCUGUGGACAGGAAUGUGUCCGUGUGAGGGGGAGGAGGCCUGUUCCGGACCGACCGUUCCCUGAGAGACCAGGCACAUGUCCCACUCCCAGCCUGAUCAUGGGCGAUGCCGACUGUUCGGGACCGAGGCGGUACAGGGUCUGUACCAUGGAUGUGGACUGUCGCAGGGGAGAGAAGUGCUGUGAGAAUGGUUGCGGAGUCAAGGAAUGCAUACGGCUGAACCGCAGACCUAUGAGAGGUAAACCUGGUACCUGCCCUGCACCGUCACCGCUACUGUCGAGAGACUGCACACGAGGCAGGCGGAACCAGUGUGAGGGCGACUUUGAAUGUCCAUCGAGACAGAAGUGCUGUUUGGAUGGGUGUGUUAAGGUCUGCCAAAAUCCCACACCAAGAAUAGGACCAGGAAGGCGGCGCCCGGUCUUGGCUGGAAGGACAGAUUCGGUGAUAACUCCAGAGCCUGACACCAAUGGAGUGGCGGCCGCCUUCAGGGAGCACGGCAUCGUGCCUGAUGUGAUUGACACGGCACCUACCGUCGCUGCGGAGGUCACCUAUAACGUUACAGACGACGGAGUCAAUAGUACUAGUAUUGUUGACUUUGGGAACGAGCUAACACCAACACUAGUUAAGUCCCCGCCCCUGGUGACUUGGCCCGUGGACGAUGGCGCCCUGUACACACUUAUCAUGACUGACCCUGACGCGCCCAGUCGGGCCAAGCCCAGGUUCCGAGAAUUUCACCAUUGGCUGGUGGGAAAUAUCCCUGGGAACGAGAUCCAGAAUGGAGAAACUCUGUCCCAGUACAUCGGGUCAGCACCUCCGAAACGACGCGGCCUGCAUCGGUACGUGUUCCUGGUCUACAGGCAGCCGGGAGCACUGGACUUCGACGAAAGAAGACUGGGGAAUACCUCCAUGGCACACAGGGGUCGGUUCCGCACCAGGGCGUUUGUCUCCAAGUACAACCUAGGUGACCCUGUGGCGGGUAACUUCUACCAGGCACAGUGGGAUGACUGGGUACCCAGACUGUAUGCAGCGAUGAGGCAGUGAUUGAGAAAAUUUCGUUGCAUCGUCAGUGGAGUUGUCAACUUUUCUUCUUUGCGAGGCUAACGGCUGCUUGCUCAUCAUUAUCAAAAACUGUCUCGUCUUACCUUAGAGGAUAAAAAGUGGACACGGCAGUUACUGUCUGUGAACCUAUUUGAAACUAACAAGCCUGUUCACGAAUCCAACUGCGCAUGCUCAGGUCAAAGGUAAAGGCCCUCGACACAUCAACAAAACAACCGACCGACUGGGCGUGCAUACUGGACGGUCUAGAAAAGACCUUUGUACAGCUCAUGCGCAUUUGCAUCCGUGGACGGUCUGGUUGUUGUGGUAACAUGUGCUGAGCACAGUCUCUGGGUGUUGUUUGAGCCAUUGUUUUACUGCCAGAAGACGAUAGAAUACAUUGUAAAUAAAAUGACCAAUCAUCCUUUUCACAACGCACGUGUGGCAGGCAUUAGAAUUAUCGAAGACUUUUGAAUAUUGCUGAUCGAUUGAUUGAUGGAAUCAUUGAUUGAUAGUCACUUUUGAAAGGAAAUAAAUGCUUCAAGUGUUGUUCACAA